AUGGAAAUUUUCAGCCUAGCUGGAUUUGUACUCAACCAAAAAAUGCAGGGAAUUCAAGGCGUGGAGGUAAAAAAUGCAGAUCUGUUACUCGUUGGUAUUAUGACACUAAAUCAAGAAAGUGUAAAAGCUUCAAAUAUCUGGGAUGUGGUGGAAAUAGCAAUCGCUGGAUAACUAAAGCUGACUGUGUGAGGGAAUGCAAGAAUACUAUG